UUGAAAAAUGUAGCAUUUCAGAUAGAUUUUUACGAUAAUGUGCUUAUCCACUUUGACUUGAAAGGUGCUCCACCAAAAGUUCACUACCUUAUUGAAAUAUUUAAAAUAGCAAGAAGUAACGGUGCUACAGGUAUUCUUCUUGAAUGGGAAGACACCUUUCCAUGGUCAGGCAUACUUGAGCAAAAUCGAGCAUCUGAGGCCUACACAAUAGAAGAAGUGGACAAAAUCCUCGGUGCUGCUACCAGGCUAGGUUUGACGGUUGUGCCACUAGUACAAACUUUCGGCCAUCUAGAAUGGAUCUUAAAAGUGGAGAAGUUUCGUAGAUAUCGGGAAAACGACAUAUAUCCGCAGGUAGUAUGUCUUGCUGACAACGAAGGUGUAGAUUUGGUAAAAGAAGCAAUAAAGCAAGUAAUAAAUGUACAUAAAAAGUACGGUAUCACCUACUUUCACAUUGGUGGUGACGAAGCUUUUGAGUACGGAGUAUGCGAGAAAGAUGUUCAAUGGUUUAGAGACAAUCCGGGCAGUACUAAAGAAAUACUAGCAGCUCAACAUUUAAAGAAGAUUGCUGAAUACGUCCAGUCGUUAAUUCCAGGUGUAAGAGUUUUAGCGUGGCAUGAUAUGAUUAAGGACUAUCCGCAAACUUUGAUCAAGGAGACUGGCUUAAGCGAUAUAAUUGAACCUGUUGUAUGGGACUAUUCAGAAACAUUACAGCAACAAAGCGAUAUGACUUGGAAAAUGCUUUCGCUCAGCUUUUCAACUGUUUGGGGUUCAUCUGCAUAUAAAGGGGCCAAUACACCAUCUACACAGGAAAUUUCUUUGAUACAUUACAUGCGAAAUAACCAAGCAUGGUUAAGCCAUAAAAAGCUUUAUGGAAAGUACUUCAAAAAUUUUCGAGGUUUGAUACUGACCGGAUGGUCACGUUACGAUCAUUUUGCUGUCCUUACUGAGCUUUUAGUGUCUGCUAUACCAUCACUCGUCUUAAACCUACAGGUGGCCCGCGUUGGUCCAACUGGAUACGAAGCCUUGAUAGUUAAUGAAACUGCAAAAGCACUAAGAUGUUCAAACACGAUAACAAUAACAGAACCGGCCACACUAACUACAUGCGUCUUUCCUGGCGUUGAGGUUUUUAAAAUCAUACAUGGAGAUUUACCUGAGUUGAAGACGAGGUUGAAAUUUGAUCUCGAUUCUAAUCACCAGCUCAAAGGAUGGUUGGGAAGAAUGAACAUACGCCAUAAUUACACUCAACAGUGGUACCUCAGCGCAUUAUCAGUUAUGUUGUUGCCGCUGCAACGAAAUCUUUUGACCAUUGAGGAAAAAAUGAGGGUGGCGAUGAGUAGAAUGUAUUCGGAUAACACAAUUGAUGAAUGGCUUUAUGAGUAUUUUGACCCGACUGCAGAGAAGAUACAACGGUAUCUUGAUGCUCUGGAAAGGUUGUCAAAGAUUAAGACGUAUCCAGUAAGGAGUUUCGAAAUUAGACGAGAUUUAAGGCAGACGGCAAUUUCUGGGGGUCAUAAUGCCACCGUUCUUCGAGCAUUUCAUGUGCUCAAAGUCGUUGCUGUUGUAGUAUAUCUUUUGCUAAAGAUUUGCGAAAUUGAAGCAGUGUAA